AUGGUCUUAGCUACAGUUUAUAGUACUAAGCAUUUUAUCGCGAUUGGCGACUUUGAAGGCCCAGAUACAAUGGCCCACUUUCAAUCUCUAGCCAAAGGUUUCUUUAAGAAACUCCAAGAACUACCCACUCGUUAUGAUCUGUAUAACAACACGCAAUACAUUUUACCACUGGAAAUUCUACCACAUUCCGCUGAUUAUUCCAAAGAGACAGUCUUCCCCCGAGCUCGAGUUCUACCUGCCGAGGCUCCUAAGACUAGAUGGGAGAUCUUUGCCGAACGUAAAGGCAUUCGUAAGACCAAAAACAAGCGAGGCGGCCGUAUUUAUAACGAAGCAACACGAGAAUUCACACCGGCUUUUGGACGUGGCAGUAAAAAUGACUUAGAUACUCAUUGGCUUAUUGAAGUAAAGGAAGGGACAGACCCAACUAUUGACCAGUUUGCUUUAAUGCGCAGUACUAAGAAGGACAACAAAAAGAGACAGGCCAAGAACGAAUAUGCCAAUCGCAAAAGAGCCAACACACUUUCACAUUUCCAAAAAAGUCUGAUUUAA